AUCAAUAAAUAAAAACCAUGCACCAUCUAAAUCUCUGGAGAUAUGGCAUGCAUUCUCCUCUAUAGCCGAGUUGCGCCGUCUUCAUAUAGGCAUACCAGGACAUGCGUCUGCAUAUUUUCCCUAUCUCUAUCACUAUCAUAUAUAUGCUACUGUCUCUUAUUUUCUUCUGAUGCUAUCAUGCAAAAACCAAGUGAUCCAACGCAGAACUGCCUGCGCCUCAAGAGCGAUGGAGGCAAAAAACUUCAGCAAAAAUCUCCUUACUGCACUUUGUCAUUGGACGCGAGAGCGACAAGGGAAAUAUCUCUCCAUGAAGCGAACCAAAGCAACGCCUCGGUUAAUCACAACACAGUUCGGAAUUUUACAUCAGACCGUCCUACCACUAACAACAUGGGCAGUGGGAAGUUCGGGAAUAAGAAGUUGCCAAAUGCCAUCAUUGUCGGUGUUAAAAAGGGCGGCACAAGAGCUGUCUUGGAGUUUAUCAGAAUCCAUCCGGACGUACGGGCGGUCGGCACAGAAACGCAUUUUUUCGACAGGAACUAUGACCGUGGACUAGACUGGUACAGAUGCCUGAUGCCACGGACUAUGGAGAGCCAGAUCACCAUGGAGAAGACUCCCAGCUACUUUGUAACAAGGGAGACACCUCGCCGGAUCUCCGCCAUGUCCCGGGACACCAAGCUGAUUGUGGUGGUGCGCGACCCUGUCACCCGGGUCAUCUCUGACUACACGCAGACCCUGUCCAAGACACCUGACCUUCCCAGCUUCCAGGAUCUGGCCUUCCAGAACCAGAGUUUAGGAUUGGUUGACACGUCUUGGAAUGCCAUCCGCAUCGGCAUGUACGCUCUGCACCUGGAAAACUGGCUCCGCUACUUCCCCCUGUCCCAGAUCCACUUCGUCAACGGGGAGCGGCUCAUCACGGACCCGGCUGGAGAACUGGCGCGGGUUCAGGACUUCCUGGGUCUGAAACGCAUAGUCACUGACAAACAUUUCUACUUCAACAGGACCAAAGGAUUCCCCUGCCUGAAGAAACCAGAGAGCAGCAGCUCACCCCGCUGCCUGGGCAAGUCUAAAGGUAGAACCCACAUUCAGAUAGAUCACGACACUAUCGAGCAGCUACGGGACUUCUACAGGCCGUACAAUGUCAAGUUUUACGAAAUGGUGGGUCAAGAUUUUAGAUGGGAAUAGAGAUUUGUGGGGAGGUCCGCAGUUUACAAGUGGCACAAGGAGAGACAAGAUGUCAUCCAUGAAUGUACGCACAGUUUAAAUGUUUUUUUUGGUGUGGUUCUAUGGACCUCCUGUUUGGCUGUUGGUAAUAGUGUGGCUCUAGCUAAAGUCGUGGGUCCAAGUCUCGAAGGGAUCACAUACACAUAUUUUAAAAAUAUGUACAGUGCAUUCGGAAAGUAUUCAGACCCCUUCCAACAGGACAACGACCCUAAGUACUGAGUAAAGGAUCUGAAUACUAAUGUAA